UCCGUUUCCGGUGUACAUGCUUUCAUUGCGCUGCAGCGUUAGUUCGUGCGCAGUGUAAACUGCGACUUCGGUUUUGUUGUUUUUAUAUUCCGUUAUCUAUUUUCUUCCGAGGCACAGUUUGAAAACAAGCAGCAAAAAUGCCGCGAAUAAUGAUAAAAGGUGGCGUUUGGCGCAACACCGAGGAUGAGAUUCUUAAGGCGGCGGUGAUGAAGUAUGGCAAAAACCAGUGGUCAAGAAUAGCUUCGCUACUUCAUCGUAAAUCUGCGAAGCAGUGCAAAGCGAGAUGGUACGAGUGGUUGGAUCCAAGCAUCAAGAAAACGGAAUGGUCGCGGGAGGAAGAGGAGAAGCUUCUGCACCUGGCCAAGUUGAUGCCGACCCAGUGGAGGACCAUCGCACCCAUCAUAGGGCGCACUGCAGCUCAGUGUCUGGAGCACUAUGAAUACCUGCUAGACAAAGCAGCCCAGAGAGACAAUGAGGAGGAAGUGGGGGAAGAUCCCCGCAAGUUAAAGCCAGGCGAGAUCGACCCAAACCCCGAAACUAAACCUGCCAGACCGGACCCUGUUGACAUGGAUGAAGACGAGCUGGAGAUGCUGUCUGAAGCUCGAGCUCGACUUGCUAACACUCAAGGAAAGAAGGCAAAGAGGAAGGCCAGAGAGAAGCAGCUGGAGGAAGCCAGGCGACUGGCAGCUCUGCAGAAGCGCAGAGAGCUGCGCGCAGCAGGGAUCGGCGUUUCCAAGAAGAGGAAGAAGAAAAGAGGCGUAGACUACAAUGCUGAGAUCCCCUUCGAAAAGAAGCCGGCCCCCGGUUUCUACGACACCAGCAUGGAGCAGUACGACCCGCUGGAGCCCAACUUCAAGCGACUCAGGCAGCAGCACUUGGAUGGAGAACUGCGCAAUGAGCAAGAGGACCGCGACCGCAAGAAAGACAGGCACAAGAUCAAGUCCAAGAAAGAGAGCGACCUGCCGUCCGCCAUCCUGCAGACCAGUGGAGUGGCAGAGUUCACCAAGAAGCGCUCCAAGCUGGUUCUGCCCGCUCCACAGAUCAGCGACGCUGAGCUGGAGGAGGUGGUGAAGCUGGGAGUGGCCAGUGAAGUGGCUCGCCAGGCUGCGGAGGAGAGCGAGAGCGGGAACUCUGCGUCCUCCACCCUCCUCUCCGAGUACAGCGUCACCAACGCCAUGAGCACAGGCCUGCGCACGCCCCGCACCCCUGCUGGCCAGGACAGGAUACUGCAGGAGGCACAGAACCUGAUGGCGCUGACCAACACUGACACGCCGCUGAAGGGCGGCCUCAACACCCCGCUGCACGAGAGCGACUUCAGCGGUGUGACCCCUCAGCGCCAGCAGAUCCAGACCCCCAACACCGUCCUCAGCACCCCCUUCAGGACUCCUGGACCAGGUCAGGCUGCUGAGGGCAUGACCCCACAAGCUGGCGGGGCAAUGACCCCACGAGGGGCCGUGACCCCGGGUUUGACCCCGGGUCGCACGCCUCUGCGGGACAAGCUGAACAUUAACAGUGAGGAACAACUGGCCGACCCGGCGUUCGCUAAACACAUGCAGAAGGAGAGCCUGCAGCACCUCAGGCAUGGUCUGAUGUCACUUCCUGUUCCCAAAAACGACUUUGAGAUCGUCCUGCCAGAGAACGCCGAGAAGGAGCUGGAGGAGACGGAGACGGAGAGCGGCUUCGUUGAGGACGCGGCCGACGUGGAGGCGGCCAAGCAGGCCCUAAGGGACGCCGAGCGAGAGAAGGAGCUGAAGCUGCGCCACACGGCCGUGCAGAGGGACCUGCCCCGGCCCACGGAGGUGAACGAGUCGGUGCUGCGGCCCGCCUCCAUGGAGCAGCUCCCAGACCUGCAGCUGGCCGAGGAGAUGAUCAAGCAGGAGAUGAUCACCAUGCUGCACUACGACUGCCUGCACCACCCGUGCAGCCAGGCGGCCGCGCAGCUGCAGCGCCUCAAGGGCCGCGGCCCCGCCUCCGCCUCCAGCAGCGCCUCGCAUGUGGCCUACCUGGAGAGCCACGCCUACAGGCCGCUCAGCGGCCAGGAGAUGGAGCAGGCCAAGCUGCUGCUGGCGGCAGAGAUGGAGGUGGUGAAGGCUGGAAUGGGCCACGGCGAGCUCAGCAUGGAGGCCUACACUCAGGUGUGGGAGGAGUGUUACGGGCAGGUGCUGUACCUGCCGGGUCAGAACCGCUACACCAGAGCCAACCUGGUGUCCAAGAAGGACCGGAUCGAGAGUCUGGAGAAGAAGCUGGAGGUCAACCGAGGUCACAUGACCACGGAGGCCCGCAAGGCGGCCAAGCUGGAGAAGAAGCUGAAGAUUCUGCUGGGAGGCUUCCAGUCCCGAGCGCUGGGCCUCCUCAAGCAGCACGGCGAGCUGUGGGAGCAGGUGGAGCAGGCGGCCACCGAGCUGCAGACCUUCAGCCAGCUGAAGAAGCAGGAGGACACAGCCAUUCCACGCCGACUGGAGGCGCUGCGCGAGGACGUGGAGCGGCAGAUGGAGAGAGAGCGAGAGCUGCAGCACAGAUACGGAGAGUUGGUCAUGGACAGAGAGGCUCUCCUCAGCAGUGCCCAGAAAUACGCCGAGUAACGCGCCUCAGGCCGCACCCCACUGAGCGCGCUCAGUCUUCCUGUAUGAGUCACCAAUAAAGUUUCUUUCACCUGUGA